AUGCUAUCGUCGCCGACGAUGAUGGUGGGCGAUUAUGGAGAAGGAGAGGAGAUGGAGCGGAUUCAAAUGGAGCAACAGGCGAUUGCUGCUGCUGCAGCGCAGCAGCAACCAAUCAUGGCGCAGGCUGGCCGUAAACGAGGUCUGGUCGAUAUGGGUUCGCCCCAGAGUACCGAACAAGAAAAAGUGCUUUUGUCGGCGGUUGAGCAACUGAUGUCAGAUGAAUCGAUGCCACCGUAUUUAAAAACGAUUGUGGAUUACCUCCUUGAUGCUAAAGAAAAGAUUGAACUUCUAGCUACCGAAAACAAAGAGCUAUCGGCUGAAAUUCAAAAAUUGCGUGAUGAGAACUCUACUUUGCGUCGUUCAUUAUCUGUGGCCUCCAAACCUCCUCCUCAUAUUGAUCUCACAAAUCCUACACAGUUAGCGAAACUCUUUCUAGGAGAAGAGGAAAAGCGAUGGCUGAGUUCAUGGCCUGCAGUCAUGCGUAUCUCAAGGCCUUCAAGUUUUAUUCAAAUUGAGGAAGUAGAAAAUAAAACAAAUGGAAUAGUGAAAAGCUAUGGGCAGCAAAAGCAGAUUUGUAUAGGUCAAAUGGAACUCGGAAAUCGGAAGAAGAAGCAGCGUCGAGGAAAACGGCUUGCAUUCGAGACUAGAGACUUCACGACACAUCAAGCCUUUCCGGUUGACUGCCGACAAUCUAACAACAUCGACAACUCUCAUGAAACUUCCUGGUUCCAUACGGCUAGCGAGCGAAUGCAAUAA